GACGAGAGAUUUCUAUUUAUCUCAGCAGAUAUCUUAGAAACAUUACAAGCAAAAGUCGCCGAUCUUAUGGACCAAAUAUCAUUUCCACUUGCUGAAAAGGGCAACUAACAUCAUCAACAGAAGUUAAUUAAAAAACAAAAUGGCUGCACGAGAAUCAGGUCGUAUAAAGGAUGCCUACCAGAAACGAGUGCUGGAUGAGGCGGCACGGAAGCGCAGACAGAGGAAGGCUUUGGAGGCAUUGGAGCAGGAUAACUUCCACGAUGAUCCACACGCGGAUCUAGUGAUGAGCAAAAAGGUGCCCAAGUUCCAAGAGUCUUUGGACAGCAGAGGCGCGGGCAGGAAGAAGAAGACAAAAUCAGCCGAAUAUUACAAGCAAAGAUUCCGCAAAACUUUUGCUCAACUGGUCGAGGAGGAAUUAAAUUUUAAUCGAACGCCACCCAACUACGCAUCCGCGCAGGCACCGGCUUCACGAUUUCCCGAUAGACAUUUCUGUGCGGUUUGUGGUUUCCCCAGUAACUACACCUGUAUUCCCUGCGGUGCUCGAUACUGUUCUACAAAAUGUUUAGGCACCCAUCUGGACACAAGAUGUUUAAAGUGGACCGCAUAGACAAACAAUGAAUUCAAUAUCGUAAUAUAACGUUACAAAUAGGCUCUUGUCUGUAGAAUUAUUAAUUGUACUAUCGUUAAGUAAAUAAAAAAUAUUUGUCACACGUAA